AUGUGCUUUCGCUCAUCGGAUGACGACAAAUAUCCUGCUGCACGCUCAGCUCAAGGUGGCAACGAAUAUGAUCGCUACCUUCGAGACCGUGACAGAUAUCAGAAAGAGCUUGGAAAGAAAGCGAAGCAAAAGAAAAAGCGUAAUCGCAACACCACCCUUUUCACUUCAAAUACUGCUAUGAUGGGAGGUGCAGGAUGCUAA